GUUAAUUGUUGUGGAUUAUGUUAAGCAGUGACAGAAGGGUUGUGGAUUCUGUAUGUUGAUAUUUUUAUUGAAUUUGUAAACAAUCACGUUUGAACAAAAUGGGUAAAAGUGAAAAGAAAUCUAAGAAAAGGCAUAAGAGCAAGCGUAAAGAGCACAAAGAGAAGCAUAAAAUCAAAUCAAGGAAAUCUAAGAGGGAAGACAAAAUAAAGCUGAAGAAAGCAAAGGAAGAAACGCCGGUUGUGGAAGAGAUCUCACUUCAAGUGGCUGCGGCUGCGGACAGUGGAGGCGAGGAUGACUUCGCCAUACCUAUAGCACUUAUGAAUAGCAAAUCGCAUGCGCCGGAAACACCGGAGGAGUACCAGCGUCGUCAAAGUCAAAUACGCCGUGAGGUCGACCCCGUGACUGGCCGAACUCGUCUCAUCAAAGGCGACAGUGAGAUCCUGGAGGAAAUUGUGAGUAAGGAGCGUCAUUGUGAUAUUAACAAGAAGGCAACCAGCAGCGAUGGCGCCUACUUCGAGUCGCAAUCAUUUGCAGCUGCCAAACGCCGCAAUGCAAAGUAAACAUAGCUUUUCAUUUAAAAUACAAGAGGUAUAUAUAUAUAAUAAUAAUUAAUAACUGUUAAACUAAAUAAACAUUUGUGCA